UUGUAUUGUAUUUUGAAAGAACCCUGCUUAGCUUCCGGUUUACUCCUGGGUUUAGUAAAACAUCCUAGCAACUUUUCUCCCGCAGCUCCGCUUCGUUCUUCCCCCUCCAAGAUGGAGGCAUUAGGGGGCUACCCUGCCAAGUCCUCCAGCCCCAAAGCGAGGAGGCUGACGGUGCUGCUCAGCAUGACGGUCGGCGUGGGCUGCUUGUUCCUGCUGCAGACGCAGCUGGCGAGGCCGAGGAGACCCAGGGAUUUCUACUCCUUUGAGGUGAAAGACGCGAGGGGGAGGACGGUCUCUCUGGAGAAAUACCGAGGAAAAGCGUCUCUGGUUGUAAACGUGGCGAGUCAGAGCGAGCAGACGGAGGCGAACUACCGGUCUCUGCAGGAGCUCCACCGGGAGCUGGGCACCUCUCACUUCAACGUGCUGGCCUUCCCCUGCGGACAGUUCGGGGACACGGAGCCCGGUUUGAGCCGGGACGCGGAGGCCUUCGCCAAGUCCACCUACGGCGUCACCUUCCCCUUCUUCAGCAAGAUCAGAAUAAUGGGCUCAGAGUCAGAACCUGCCUUCAAGUUCCUCACAGAUUCUGUGCAGAAAACUCCAAAGUGGAACUUCUGGAAGUUCCUGGUGAAUCCAGAGGGGCAGGUGGUCCGGUUCUGGCGAACGGACGAGCCCUUUGACAGUAUUAGACAGGAGGCGUCGGCGAUGGUGCGGGAAAUCAUCCUAAAGAAACGUGUGGAGCUAUGACGGAGCUCGAGAUGGAUGUGUUGUAGCAGGAAGUGGACUUGGAACUGCUGCAGGGAAAAUCCACUGGCUUUUCCUACGAGGGCAAUGGACAGCGUGGACUCUGUCUGUGUAUGAAACUAUCCUGUGCUCCCUGUUGACAUGAUGAACAUUCCUUUAAACAACCCCUCCUGCAGCUUAAGGAUCCUUUGGCUUUUAAAAGAGAUUUUGAAAGAGUUGGUCUUAGUUUGCGUUUGUUUCUUUCUAUUGUUUACAUGAGAGUCGGUUUCUCAAGGUGAAGAGAACAGUUUUAGCACAUUUUGACGGAUGCAGAAUGAAAAUGUAGCUCAUCCACCCAGAAAUAAAAGCAUUUCAGAAUUA